AUGAGUGCAGGAAAAAGCUCGGGCCCAAGGCAAAGAAUUGCGGUGGCCUGCGACCGCUGUCGCCGUAGAAAGAUCAAAUGCACAGGCAAUGAGACGCCUGACCACCAGUGUGCCGCAUGCUCCAAGGCGCACGCGGAAUGCCACUUUGCAGCAGCGCCCAUGCGCAAUUCGCGCCGCAAGUCGGCUCCAUUGCACUCGGCGUCUGUGGGACCCACCUUCCUUGCGCACACGAUGCCGCGCACCGCAGUCCCGAUGGGAGUAGCAGCACACUGUGCUGUCCCCGGUGCGGUGGAGACGCUCAAGAAUGAUCCCUCGUACCCACCGUUGCGUUCCUACUCAAUGCCCUUUUUGCAGCAGCCCGGUCAGACGCUCUCGUCGACCGCCGCUGUGGGUUCCAUGAGCGGUUCAUGCCGUAUUCCCACCACAUUUUCCCUGGAUCCGUUUGAGUUUGAGCCGGGUAGUGCCCUUCCCGCGACGGCACCGUCGGCUGCUGCUACUGCUGCUCCUUCUGCAACUGUUGUGUCGCCUUCCAAUUCAGCGACACUUCCGCCCGACUAUAUGUGUUCACAGACGGGAUUCGGGUUUGCAUUUGGCGGCGAUGCAACAGCCGCCUGGCCUGCUCCGACGACAUCUCCUUUCGCGUCGCCAACCUCACUGUUCUCCCCUGCGACGGCCGUGGACGCUACGAGUGCCGUUUCCGGUACUGCUUCGAAUGCUCCUGGUGCAACGAUUCUGCCUACGGCCGCUGAAUGGGAAGCUGUAGUCGCAAGCACUAGACCAGCUGGCUCCAACACAGUUUCUACGUCGACGGACCUGAAUGAAAUGUCUCUGUAUGCGCCGACAUCAGAUGCUUUGGUUCUUGACGCAAAGUCAUCCAGUCCAAAGCCGCCGAUGACGAGUACGAAGGCAUCCUCUUCCUCAGCCGCAUCUACGGUUCCCAAUUCGACCGUCUCACCUUCUCCAUUCCCCUCCGCGGGACAAGGAUUUGAUUAUGCGUCCUUCCUAACAGAGUCACCGCAAUUACAAGCUCUAUCGCUGGACACACGGCACCAGCACCUGCAACAUCCGGUUAAAAAUGAACUGGCUUCGGACACGGCUUCUUCGACGGCUGUGGACGAACCGUCUUCCACAAUAACUGGUGACAUCUCCGUCCCAGCACAGAGUCCUUUUCCCAUCGAAUACAUUGAUUCUUUGUCUGCGGACUUCAAUUCCGCAAGCGAAAACCUUCUUUGGUGGCCUCCAGUAACGACUUCUCCCAUUCCCACUUCGUCUUCCGAAAUGAAAUCCAACGUCUGUCACCCUUCCGAAGUCUCAUCUCUCGAUGAUGUCCUUUGGGUUGCAGGUAGCUUGGAGGAUGACCAUUCCUUGCAAACUGCGUAUUAA